UGUGCCGCCUGGUGUAGUAUUCAUUCGAGAUCACCAGUUUGACAGCCUCCUUGUCACGGGCUGGUAGUGCGCGUGAAUACCAUGUCCCGAAGCCGCAACUGCAAGGAAUAAAAAACAGAUACCCCUUUAUUAAAAGAUUCCCCUGACUAGGACCAUCAUCAUCAAGCAGCAGCAGCAGCCAUGCUGUCCCGACUCAGAUCCACCGUGCGGCCUUGCGUCACCGCCUACCGAUGGGUCCACACCAAGGAGAAGGGCAAGCCCCUCAUGCUCAACCCCCGCACAAACAAGGGCAUGGCCUUCACCCUGGAGGAGCGUCAGAUCCUGGGCAUCCAGGGCCUGCUGCCCCCUAAGGUCGAGACCCAGGACGUGCAGGCCAUGCGCUUCCAGAAGAACCUCAAGAAGAUGACCGACCCACUCGAGAAGUACAUCUACCUGAUGGGCAUUCAGGAGCGUAAUGAGCGCCUGUUCUACCGCGUGCUGAUGGAGGACAUUGAGGCCCUCAUGCCCAUCGUCUACACCCCCACCGUGGGCCUCGCCUGCACACAGUACGGACAUAUCUUCAGGAGACCAAAAGGUCUCUUCAUAUCCAUCAUGGACAGAGGACAUGUGCGCUCCAUCCUGGAUAACUGGCCUGAGACCAGCGUAGCGGCGGUGGUGGUGACGGAUGGGGAGCGUAUCCUGGGGCUGGGGGACCUGGGGGUGUACGGCAUGGGCAUCCCCGUGGGGAAGCUCUGCCUCUACACCGCGUGCGGAGGCAUCCGGCCGGAGAAAUGCCUGCCCGUCGUCAUCGACGUGGGCACCGAUAAUGAGAGUCUGCUGAAGGACCCCAUGUACAUGGGCCUGUACCAGAAGCGCGACCGCUCCCAGCUGUACGACGACCUCAUCGAUGAGUUCAUGGAGGCCAUCGUGGACAAGUAUGGCCAGGGCACGCUCAUUCAGUUUGAGGAUUUCGGCAACCACAACGCAUUCCGCUUCCUCAAGAAGUACAGAGAGAAGUACUGCACCUUCAACGACGAUAUUCAAGGCACUGCGUCAGUAGCACUGGCUGGGCUGUUGGCUGCCCAGAGGGCCAUUGGGAAACCCAUCACCGAACACAGAGUGCUGUUCCUGGGAGCCGGAGAGGCCGCUACGGGCAUCGCUAACCUGAUCACCAUGGCGAUGAUGGAAGCAGGCAAUUCUCAGGCCGAGGCCAGGAAGAAGAUCUGGAUGUUUGACAAACAUGGCCUCCUGGUGCAGGGUAGACCCCAGGGCACAGACAGCAACCAGGAAGCGUUUGUUCACCCCAGCCCUGGAGAGGUCAAGAGCUUCCUGGAUGCCGUCAACACCAUCAAACCCACAGCCAUCAUUGGUGUGGCAGGAGCAGGACGACUUUUCACACAUGAUGUCAUCAAAGCGAUGGGUGCUCUGAAUGAAAGGCCAAUCAUCUUCGCCCUGAGUAAUCCCACCACCAAAGCAGAGUGCUCAGCUGAGGAUGCUUACACGCUUACAGAGGGAAGAUGUCUGUUUGCCAGCGGGAGCCCCUUCGACCCAGUGACUCUACCCAACGGCCGUGUGCUGACCCCUGGCCAAGGGAACAACGCUUACAUCUUCCCAGGAGUGGCAUUGGCCGUGAUCCUCAGUGGAGUUAGGCACAUCAGUGACACAGUCUUCCUGGAGGCAGCUAAGACUCUGGCGGAGCAGGUGACAGAUGCGGAUGUGAGCGAGGGCAGGCUCUACCCGCCGCUCUCCAACAUUCGAGAGGUGUCCGUAACCAUGGCCGUCAAGGUGGUGGAGUAUGUGUAUGCAAAGGGCAUGGCUUUCCGCUACCCGGAGCCUCUGGACAAGAACAAGUUUGUACGCUCGACCAUGUGGACCACCGACUACGACUGCUUCCUGCCGGAGACGUACGACUGGCCUGGGGUCACUUUCACCCCCCUGAAGGACUAGAGGGGCCUAUGGGGAGGCGAUCUGGGGGCAGCGUUUAGGGAUGGACUAUAAAGCAGUGUACCUGGCAGACAGAAGGGUUAGGGAUAGAGGUGAACCUGAUUCAGAAGUAGAAACCCUGUCAUCGUUUCCUUCCAGCACAAGUGACUUCACUGAGCAAGUCUUGAGUAGUCAUUAUGAUUGGCAGUUUCAGAGCUGGUUGGAUCAAAUUUGUGUCAGGGUUUUUACUUUCUGAGCCCGGGAUUGACUCCUCUGGGUAGGGAUGUGGGGCGGAAUGCGAGACGCGAUGGGAACCGCAUUGGACACGUAGAGUCACCGUCAUCUUAGAACACUCAGGACAUCAUCAUAUGACAUGGGAAAGCCAGUAGAUAACUCAAUGGAAUAACACUCCAAAGUCAAUGGCUUAACCCUCUGUAAGCCGUUCAUUUGCCACUUGUUAUUGUUUUUAGGAUGAUUUUUGGUUUUGUUUUUCAAGUUUCUCAUAUCCUCAUGUUUAUUUGGUCGCAUAUUUUUUAAGUGUUAAUAUCAGUUACGCUGAAAGCCAAGCAAACACACUCCCCUUAGGGAGUGAGAUAUGAACUAUAAAAUAUAUUUUUUGAAAAGUCACAAUUUGCAUUUAUUUUUUUUGAGUAUUUAUUUGGUCUUUAUUCCUAUAUACUGCACAUUCGUAUGCAUUGCAUAUUUAUAACAAGAACAAGUUUGGCUCUAGAGUUGACACCUUAGAAGAUACUAAAUUGAAAGAACACCAGUGUUCAGCAAUAGUGCAAAAUAAAACAAUCAUAUCACUUGCCAUCCUUCAACUGAUCAAAACUGAUCAAUUUCCAGUAGAUCAUUUUUCCUUUAUGUUUUUGGCUUAAAAUGCAGAAUUCUAACAUCCUCUACAGUGGCCAUACGGAUGAACAAAAGGAAAGACACAUACGUACAGCAAGAUGGCGGUGGGGAGUAUUUUACGACCUGUUUCUGUUUAAACUACAAUACACCAGUUUUCUCUCUACAACACAGAAUUAAGAAUCCCUUGCACUUGACAUGUAGUAUAUGCCACCGCUCUGUGACACCGUUUUAGUCGAGCAGCUAUCAAAGACAAUACACUACAGUCUGCAUGGGCAUCGUGCAACACACCGCACUGCCUGAUUAGCAGCAUACAGUCCGCAGAGAUUAUAACAUGUGAUGCCUAGACUAUAAGCAUAUAGACACUUCACACACUAACAAGGUUAUGGUCAGGGAAAGGAAGGGAAAUGGGGGGAGUGCAGUUAAAUUUGCAGUGUAAAUUUUUACACUGUCCUGAGCAUGUGGUCCCACUCACUGUAGUGAUAAAUUCAACUCUUUGACUGUUCAAUUUACACUUACAGAGCAUAUACAACUGCACACUGUUAAUUCAACACUCAGAGUUAAAGUAGGACCAGAUGUGCUCUGAAUAGUGUUGAAAUAACACCAUAACAUUUACUGUGUAGUACAUAGAUCAGUUAACACAUGUUUUCCUCAACUGCUGACCUUCUUUGAAGUGCCUGUGUAGAUUUCAAGAGAUAUCUGUCUCAUUUACCAUUCCGUUACCUAGCCAAAGAUUUCACAACGCUUCAUUCGAAAUUUAAUUUAAUUUCAAUUUAUUCCCUAUGGUUAUCCCCUCAUAGUUAUUAUUGAUCUUUUCACGAUUUCUGUGUAUCACAUCAAUUUCUUCCCAAAAUGAGCGUCACAUCUCUUCCUGAUAUGAACUUUGUGUCAUGCACUAAAGUGGACAUUUAAUGGACAUUUUUUUUCCAAUCUGAUUAAUACACCACAACCUUUGUUUAUGGUCUUGAAGUGACAAAACCUUGAGAUGCUUUUAACUGAACAUGAAUACUUUCAGCCCUAUUCAGCAAGAUGUGAAGUGUCGUAACAUCAGUGUUUUUAACCCAGUCUGUGUUGUUGAAGUGAAUGUGUCGUGUUUUUGGUGUUAAUGCUGGCAUAUUUCAAGCUCCUUGCCUCACCAGAUGGGGUGCUUCAAGUCGGUUCAGUGACUUAUAUCAUUCUGUCAGACCAUUCAUAAGGAUUUCUAUAAUGAGUUCCCCCACUUCAUCUUAACAUUACCCAGUUAAGUCACUAAAUCGGAUUUUUUGAAUACACCUAGAAAACUGUAAGUGCCCAAGUAGAUGUGUGCUUAUGAUCGUCCAUGUUUUUGUUUUUAUUAUAUUUUAUUUUAAUUAUUAUAUGAUUAAUAUUGGUAUGAUAGUUUCCAUUACUGUAUGUGCACUGUGCAUUUGGGGUAAUACUGUUUCUUUUUUGUUUGCUAUGCAAUGUUGCCUUAGCGGAUGAACGCACAAAGCAGCACGGAUAUUGGACCUAUCCUCCCUGUGUGUGCUGUAAGGGAAUAAAUGAAAUUUUAGUUUUCAAAAAUUGUGA